AUGGGAAUGGACGAAGUCACCGAUCCUGCCGAGCCGCCGUCCGGAACUCCUACUCAUCCCAUCGAGAUUUCAGAUGGGUCAUCCUUUCAUGGAUCACCUUAUCGUGGUCCAGACAGCUACAAGGCGAGAUUCACCCAAUAUGAUUGGGUGUUUACUCCCUCCUACCACUCAUCUCCGCAUCAGCAGCAGGAUCCUUCCGAGGAUUCGCGUUUUGUGUCAGUCACUCCACCGCCACCACCACCAGUUCAGCAGCCGCCUCCAGAGCCACAGAGGCGGAGAAGAUCGAACGCACGGAUGUCCGUGCUAGGGGGAGUCCGUAUCAGCACCCCUCAACCCUCAAGUGGCAGUCAUUACCCGCAACUUUAUGAAGACCCACAGAUGGGAGAGACUUCAAACCCUAUCUCUGAGGUGGACUCUGCACCUAUCGCGCCGCCACCAAUGGGUUAUGAUAACCCAAUUCCUGCAUACGCCGGUUCAGCGGCGUACAACCCAUUUGAGCAGCCGACCCAUACCAACUACAACUAUGCUGAUGUUGACCCAUACUAG